GUACACAGAUGUGUAAGUAGGUUCAGUGUAACUUUGUGGACGUUUAAAGGUGUUCAUCAACGUGUAGAAGGUUGUCUGAUAUCUCUUCAGAUGCUUUAUGCCAGCUUAUCCAGUCUUCUAGGUAUGAGUGCAGUGGUACCAAUAAUGCGUGAUCCUAAAUGGCUGAUUUGCACUUCCUGGUAGGACUGCUCAUGGUCGAGUGUUGCCCAAUAUGAGAGGUUGACCCAUACAGCCAACAGGGACUUCACACGCCUCACUGAUAGGGAUCCGAUCACCAGGCAAUCCUCUUUACCUUCACUGGUCUGCAUGGUGGGAGGGUUCGCACUGCAGACUGACAGAAGUUACUGACACACGGACAGGACAGACUGAAUCGAGACCGGGAUACUUUGCGUGUGUUGGGAGCACUAGAACAGUGGUACCGGUGAGAGAGAAGAACCGGAGAAGAUCCGGAACUAGAGCAGUGGUACCGGUGAAAGAUCGAAAAGAACCAGAGGCGACCCGGACCGACUGCGGAGGUGUAUUCGUGCUGUCUGAAGGUAGUGCCAAACGACAGGGGGGGCAUGAUGGAGUCAGCCCUGACAGCUAGAGACCGAGUGGGGGUCCAGGACUUUGUCCUGCUGGAGAACUACACCAGCGAGGCGGCCUUCAUAGAGAACCUGCGCAAACGCUUCAAGGAGAACCUCAUAUACACCUACAUCAGCUCUGUGUUGGUGUCGGUGAACCCCUACAAGGACCUGGAGAUCUACACCAAGAACCACAUGGAGCGGUACCGCGGGGUCAACUUCUAUGAGGUCUCACCCCACAUCUACGCCACGUCGGACAACUCGUAUCGCUCCAUGCGCACGGAGCGCAGGGAUCAAUGCAUCCUGAUCUCUGGCGAGAGCGGGGCGGGCAAGACGGAGGCCUCCAAGAAGAUCCUGCAGUACUACGCCGUUACCUGCCCCGCCAGUGACCAGGUGCAGACCGUCAAGGACCGGCUGCUGCAGUCCAACCCCGUACUGGAGGCCUUCGGCAAUGCCAAGACAUUGCGAAACGACAACUCAAGCCGCUUUGGCAAGUACAUGGACAUCCAGUUUGACUUCAAGGGUGCCCCGGUGGGUGGCCACAUCAUCAACUACCUGCUGGAGAAGUCUCGGGUGGUGCACCAGAACCACGGAGAGCGCAACUUCCACAUCUUCUACCAGCUGAUCGAGGGCGGAGAGGAGGACCUGCUGAGGCGGCUGGGCCUGGAGAGGAACCCCCAGCACUACCAGUACCUGGUUAAGGGUAACUGUCCCAAAGUCAGCUCCAUCAACGACCGCAGCGAUUGGAAGCAGGUGCGGAAGGCCUUGACUGUGAUUGGCUUCAGCGAGGACGAGGUGGAGGUGAGGACCAAUCGCAGGCAUCGGUGGGAACUGAUGAACAUCAUCUCCAGCGUGCUCCACCUGGGCAACAUGCAGUACGGUGGGGACGACGGAGGCAGCGCCUGCAUCACCUCUGACACGCAGAUCAAGUACCUGUCGAGGUUGCUAGGGGUGAGCGGGACGGUGCUGACUGAGGCCCUCACACACAGGAAGAUCAUCGCCAAGGGAGAGGAGCUGAUGAGCCCGCUGAACAUCGAGCAGGCAUCGGCGGCUCGUGACGCACUGUCCAAGGCCGUCUACGGCCGCACCUUCACCUGGCUGGUCAAUAAGAUCAACGGCUCGCUGGCAUACACGGAUGAAUCAAACAAAAACUCCUCUGUGAUUGGUCUGCUGGACAUCUAUGGCUUUGAGGUCUUCCAGUAUAACAGCUUUGAGCAGUUCUGCAUCAACUACUGCAACGAGAAGCUGCAGCAGCUCUUCAUCGAACUGACCCUCAAGUCUGAGCAGGAGGAGUACGAGGCUGAGGGCAUCACGUGGGAACCGGUGCAAUACUUCAACAACAAGAUCAUCUGCGACCUGGUGGAGGAGAAGUUCAAAGGCAUCAUCUCUAUUCUGGACGAGGAGUGCCUGCGGCCCGGGGACGCCAGUGACAUCACCUUCCUGGAGAAGCUGGAGGACACGGUCGGGAGUCACCCCCACUUUGUGACUCACAAACUGGCGGACACUAAGACCCGUAAACUGAUGGGCCGGGAGGAGUUCAGGCUGCUGCACUACGCCGGAGACGUCAACUACAACGUCAACGGAUUUUUGGACAAGAAUAAUGACCUACUGUACAGGAACCUGAAAGAAGUGAUGUGCAUGUCAGAGAACAAGAUCCUCACCCAGUGCUUCGACCGGGAGGAGCUGACAGACAAGAAGCGGCCCGACACAGCCGCCACCCAGUUCAAGUCCAGCCUGGCGAAGCUCAUGGAGAUCCUGAUGUCCAAGGAGCCGUCGUACGUGCGCUGCAUCAAGCCCAACGACUCCAAACAAGCAGGUCGGUUUGAUGAGGUCCUGAUCCGCCACCAGGUCAAGUACCUGGGCCUGAUGGAGAACCUCCGCGUCCGGAGGGCCGGCUUCGCCUACCGGCGCCGCUACGAGAUCUUCCUGCAGAGGUAUAAAUCCCUGUGUCCCGACACAUGGCCCAACUGGCAGGGCAAACUACCUGAGGGCGUGUCCACCCUGGUGAAACACCUGGGAUACAAGCCUGAGGAGUACAAGAUGGGCAGAUCAAAGAUCUUCAUCCGUUUCCCCAAAACCCUGUUUGCCACUGAGGACGCCCUGGAGACCAGGAAACAGAGCCUGGCCACCAAGCUGCAGGCUGGAUGGAAAGGCUACACUCAGAAGACCAAGUACCAGAAACUCAGGCGCUCAGCCAUUCGGAUCGAGGCGUGGUGGAGGGGGAUCCUGGCCAGGAGGAGGGCUCAGCGCCGGAGGAAAGCAUCCGACACCAUUCGCAGAUUCAUCAGGGGCUUCAUCUACCGCCACCAGGAGCGCUGUCCCCAGAACGAGUACUUCCUGGAUUACGUCCGCUACGCCUUCCUGAUGAACCUCCACCGCAACGCUCCCAAGAAUGUCCUGGACAAGAGCUGGCCAACGCCCCCGCCGGCUCUCACCGAGGCCUCAGAACACCUGCGCAAGAUGUGCAUGCAGAACAUGGUUUGGACUUACUGCAAGAAGAUCAGCCCAGAGUGGAAGCACCAGAUGGAGCAGAAGACUGUGGCCAGUGAGCUCUUCAAGGACAAGAAGGACAACUAUCCCCAGAGUGUCCCCAAGCUGUUCGUCAGCACCAGGCUCAAUGGAGAGGAGAUCAACCCCAAGGCGCUGCAAGCUCUGGGCACUGAGAAGAUGAAGUAUGCGGUGCCUGUGACUAAGUACGACCGUAAUGGAUACCGGGCCCGGCCCCGCCAGCUGCUGCUGACCGGCGACAGCAUCGUCAUCGUGGAGGAGGGCAAGAUGAAGCAGCGCAUCGAGUACGGAGCUCUGAAAGGGAUCUCGGUGAGCUCCCUGAGCGACGGUGUGUUUGUUCUGCACGUCCCGAGCACUGACAAUAAGCAGAAGGGGGACGUGGUGCUGCAGAGUGAUCAUGUGAUCGAGACCCUUACCAAAGUGGCCAUCUGUGGCGAGAAAGCCGACAACGUCAACAUCAACCAGGGCAGCAUCACCUUUGCCCUAAGUCAGGGCAAAGAAGGAGUGAUCGACUUCACUCCUGGGUCGGAGCUGCUGGUGGCCAAGGCCAAGAACGGCCACUUGGCUGUGACCGCUCCCAGACUCAACUCCAGAUGAUCGCUUCGGGGACAAACCCACUCUGGAGGGAACACGCCCACUCCCCUAGCCUUUUUGAUCCACCAAUCACGUGAUCGCAGUGACCACUCUGCCUUAGCCAAUGAAACGACAGCUUCCAACGACAUGAAAACAAAAGCUCCGUAAAACGAAUUGAUAUAUUUAUGUUUAUUUUUUGGGGGUUAUUUUGGGUAUUAAUACUGAUUCUGUUUUGAGUUUCUGAUUUUUAUAAAUAAUACACAUAUAUAUAUAUAUAUAUAUAUGAAGCCGAGCAAUAACCUAUUUCGUGACAUUUCCUUGCGCUUUUGUAGCAUCCUAACUAUGGGAAUGACUGUGGAAACCAAUUGGGGAAGGUAAUGGCGUCUCGUCUAGUUUGAGGGGGUAAAAUGUGUUACUAAGUAGCCUGUUGCUCUUUCCUUCAGUUUGUUUGGACUGCUUUACCAGCUUGUUUGCCCCUUUCUGACACUCGUUUAAUGACAGCCUGUUCCCUGGCAGUAGUAGGAGACAGAGCUGAUAGUAUGUAGGCUGCGGGAAACAGAAUAAAUCAAGCUUUAGGAGGCCAACGUCAUACUAUCCCAUGAUGUGCUCAUCUAUACAGUGAGGGGUUGGAGAAAUAGAAGGGCCCUAAAACCUAAAACUGUGACUAUGUACUAUCACAGUAGUAUGCAUUUUCUGAUGUAAUCCUGAAUAUGCUUCAAGUGAAAGACCCUGUACGUAGAACAAAUUGAGAUAGAGCAACAGCAUACCACGGAUGCUUAGGAGACCAACGGAUGUGAGGAACGUGUGAGAGAACGUCUGAGAAGGAAAAGGAAAAGAUGAAAAGAUGAGAAUGUGUUGACUUGUUGCCAAAUGUGCCUUUUGAGCGUGGCUUGGUCCAUGUUAACUUAGUUCUUGGACAAUUGUAAACUGUGACACUAAGUGCUGAAUCUGACGGGAAACAGAAUCUCAGCGGGCCGAGGAGCCAGGGGAGGGAGCAGACCACAAAGCAGAUCAACGCUUUACAUGGCGUACAACGCCUAUUGCGUCUGUCGUGCGCUACAGCUACAUCGUCCCCUGAACACUUUCGUUGAGUUACAAUCUUGUCCUGGUAAAAUAACUCCUUGUCAUACCCAUGCCUUCCUUCGUUGUACAACCCCCCCCGCACCCUUCGCCUCACAAGCCUUGUGCAGACGAUUCCGAAGAGCUUUUGUUGAAAGAAAAUAGAAUUGAUUUUCUAAAUAGUUGUGAUGCUAAUAGAAGCGGUUAUGAACCCCUCCACCUCUGGGGUCCUGGGUUGAGAUUGGCACAGUAGAACCUGCACUCGCAUGCUAAAAGCCAAAGAAGUUACUUCUUGGCUUUUGAUUUACAGUGAUUCUGUGUAUGAUGUGGGGUUUUAAGAGAUGCAAAAUGCAGCUCGAUUUGGUUUAAUAGUGAAGAACGUGCAAAGAGAUUUUUGAUUAUGAAAUGACCCGUGUGUGUGUGUGUGUGUGUGUGUGUGUGUGUGUGUGUGUGUGUGUGUGUGUGUGUGUGUGUGUGUGUGUGUGUGUGUGUGUGUGUGUGUGUGUGUGUGUGUUUGAGAGAAUGGGGGGGGGGGGGGGGGUACUAUACUGCCAAAGCUCCGCAAGUUGUGUAAUAGGACGUUGUAACAAUUUUCACUUCCAGCAUCAUACUCCAAUCUGUGUGAGUUGAAUACCCUGAUUAUUUAAUCUGACUGUUAUGGCUCAACAAUGUCAGCUUUACUAUUAAAAACAAUCUUAGGUUGUGUAUCUAUUAAUUUACUGAAGCACAUGUGCUGUUUUCCUUCUGAAUUACUGUACGCACCAACCAAUGUAUAGUGAUGUCAGCUCUAAUAAAUAAGACCAUGAUAUAUUUGACAAAUAAAGUGUAAAAAUAAACGGUAAA